GCUGGCUCGAGCCUAAACCAACCAAUUCCAUGUUCUGCUUCGUCUCCAGCCUUUGCCCAUUUCUCUCCCCAAUUCCAUUCCAUUCCAUUCCAUUCCAUUCCUCCUCGAUUUCCUUCCUGCCAUGGCAGCGCGUCGAUGCGCUAGCGAUCUCGCCGCCAACAUCGUUUUCUUCCUUCUUUUCUCUUUCGUCCACACCCAAUCUGCUGCCAUUUUCUCUCCGCCGGAUGACCACCUGAUCGCCUGCGGCGCAACCUCCGCCGCCGCCCUCCCCGACGGCCGUUCAUUCCUCACCGACUCCAGCCUCCCCACCACCAUCCUUCGCUCCCACGGACGCCGGAUCUCCGUCUCCAACCCAUCCUCUGAUGCCGACCCUCUCCACCGUACAGCUAGGGUCUUCACUUGUCCGUCCUCUUACGAGUUCGACAUCAAGAGCAAGGGGGUCCAUCUGAUCCGCCUCCACUUCUACCCCUUUCAGACCCCGGAGUUCAACCUCUCUUCAGCACGAUUCCACGUUUUAGCCUCGGGGAUCACCCUCUUGUCCGAUUUCUUCGCGCCGAGGCCUUUGUUGAAGGAGUACUUUAUCAACUUGAAGGAAGAAAAGCUUGUUAUCUCAUUUUAUCCUGCCGACAGGUCCUCCUUUGCCUUUGUAAAUGCCAUCGAGGUCGUCUCCGCUCCCAACGAUCUCAUAUUGUACCCAGCGAGGUUAGUAAAAGCCGACGAAGUUGCAAAAUUUGAUGGGCUGUCGGAACAGGCGUUUGAAACUCUGUAUAGGGUUAAUGUUGGGGGUCCGAAGGUGACGCCUUUUAAUGAUUCCCUAUGGAGAACGUGGAUUCCUGAUGGUGUUUUCCUAAAACCUAGCUCUGCUUCAGAAAUUGUCUCGUACAGCGGAAGAAUUAAGUACCAGGAAUAUGGUGCGAGCCGUGAAGUGGCCCCUGACCAUGUGUAUAAUACGGCAAGAGUGAUGAAUGGUGCCGUUCUUUCUGGUUCCAAUUAUAGCAUGACAUGGGAAUUCCCCGUGACUUCUGGUUACAAAUAUCUCAUCCGAAUGCAUUUCUGUGAUAUUGCUAGCUUGGCACUUAAUCAGCUCUAUUUCAAUGUCUACAUCAAUGGGUACAUGGCAUAUGAAGAUUUUGAUCUCUCAGAUUCUACUGGGUUUCUGGCUUCACCACAUUAUGUAGAUUUUGUUUUGGAUGUUGAUAUAACAGAACUUUUGAGCAUUUGCAUUCGACCAUCGAAUCAAAGUAGUCCUUUGUGGAUUAGAGGACUGUUGAAUGGACUGGAGAUAAUGAAGAUGAACAACACAAUGGGCAAUCUUGAUGAUGAGUCUCCAGUUAUCUUGUUUUCUGCUAAUCCACUAAAGAGAGGGUUGGGAGCUUUUGUUCGUUCCCUGACUUGUGGCUUUGCUUUUGUUAGCUUGUCUGCGAUUGCCUUCAUGUUGUUCUUGAGAUGGCGAUCUGAACAAAGGAGUCAUGCUGCUUGGUCACCUCUACCCGUGGAUGUUUCAGAUAGUACACUGAAACCAGGUAAGCUGGUAAACUUCUGAUGAAAUAAACGGACUGAUGUAUAAUAUUUCUAAGGCUUGUGUGGCGUGCAUGUACACUUUUCUUACAUAAAUUACUUUCAUGUUAUAUUUGGAAUGUAUUGCCCAUUUUGUUUGAUGAGUCUGAUCCUAAAUAAUGGUCUGGUACUUUUUCAGUA